AUGAUCGGUGUUCAAAAUGAUGAUAAAAUUUCGUUUUUGAAGCAUCGAAAAAUUCGUCGAGAUUUAUUAAAUCCCGAAUUUUACGUUGUAAAAAAAACAACACAGUCGCCUUGCGAAAAUUCCACUACGAUGAAUUAUGGUACUACAUGCGGACCAAACGACAAAACUAUAUACCCGCACAAAGAUACUGGGUUGUUGAGUUUUUUCACAGCCAAAAUUCAAUGUGUCGACGGUGUUCGUGUAAAAACCCAAUGUUAUACACACGACUUAACACACGAGUACAAAUAUUCGUGGGGUGUAGAUUUUUCUAUUAACGUAGACCAAUGGCCCAAUUCAAUUUACGAAUGGCAAAGAGACCGUUGUGUAGAACCGACAGAUAUAAUAUUAAAGACCUACGUGGUUAUCGAAUUAAAAUGGACAGAUGUUAUGAGUCGUAGUCAGAAUUACAGUUUGCUGGAACAAAGGUUUACGUGUGAUCCUCGGCACACGUAUUUUUAUAUAGAUUUUAAAUACCAAAGAGCCGUACCCGAUCAAGAUUUUUUGGAAAAUUUUAUAAACGCCAUGAUACCCUGCCAUACGCAAAAACCGUCUCCGUAUGAAGACUCGGAACCGUUUAAAUCUCUCAUGUCGGUUAUUCAAGAUAUAGAUAUUUUAUCGCCUUCUAACGGUGGGUUACCUAUGAUUUACGGGUUGUUAUUUACAAAUAUCACCGGGAUCAAAAACUUUGGAUGGCCGACAUACGAAAAACGGUACGUAUUACGGCUACAGAUUUGA